UCACAAAGAGGCCUGGAGAGAAAACAGUAACUUUGGCUUUUAAAACAGAAAACCAACUAACUAUAUGGCCAAGUUAAAAAUUAGUAUCUGAUCUGAAUAAAACUAACAGUAGAACUUAGUGAAUCAUAUUCUGAUCUGUAAUACUGGCAUAAAUCUGGAAUAACUCCCAUUAGUGGAAUUAUACUAAUAUUAAUUCUGGAGUACUUGAGAGCAGAAUUUAGCCCCAUAUGAUUGAUUCCACAUUUUAGCACAAAGAUUCUUAAACUGUGGUCCACAGAGAAUAUUCUAAUGGUCCACAAAGAGCUGACUGGUCACGUGGUCCUGUUUUCUCCUCUCUAUUUCCACCUGCUGACUUGCAUUUAAAAAGGCAGCUAAAAAUACAUAAAUACUUUCCUAUUGCUUUUCCAUAUAAGCAAUUGCCAUCGGGAUGUUAUAUGAUAGAAAGGGGAGCAGGUGAUCCAUGUCAUUGUGAUUAGUAGGGGAGAUGGUCCACACGCCAAUCUCUUUAUUAAAAUGUGGGCUACACAAUGAACAACAUUGAGUUCUUGUUUUAGCAUGCUCUCUAUGCAUCUUUGCUAUGUGCUGCUUUCUCAUUUUGAGCAUAUGUUAACAUUUAAACAAAGAAGGAUAUUGGUUUGUAAUAUAUGACUUUAUAUAAGAAACAUCAAGACUUUCUGAAAACGUUCUUUCUAGUUUAUGAUGCCUCUAGCAUUCCCCAUAAUAAAUUCAGCAAUUAAGAAGAGAGAAGAAUGUAGCUCUCAUAAGGUACGAUUUUCUCUUGUACAUCUAACUUUUCCUUUACCCAGGAAAAAAUCUCAAGCGGAAAAGAAAUCAUCAUUCCACAAAGACAGCAUGCCGCAUCAUUAGACUUUGAAAGGUUGAACUAAACAUAUGGUUGCUGUGUUUUUUAAGUUAACAAUUGUCAAUAUUGUUCUUCUAGAUUGUAUCAAAGCUAUCCCAUUAUUCAUCUUGCCUUACAUUCAUGAUCAAACUUAAUUUCAGAGACAGAAGAGCAAAUCUAAUUUUACAAAGAUGGUUCACAUAGACAGAAGCUAUAAAGUAGGCAAAUACUAACAAAACAUUGUUUCCACAGUUAUAGGGGAAAAUAGGCCAUUGGCCACCACUUUAUUAAAGACAUAACAAGGUUUAAACAUCAGCGUGAAUAAGAGUAACCACUACUGCAAAGGAACACUGUUGUUGCUUUCCCUUACUGUAGGCUAUUCCUUGAACCAAAUUACAUGCAAAGACAGGUGCCCUCAAGAUACUACGUGUGGUCCCAAGACUAAAACAGUCUUUUUGCCUCCCGGUCAUGGCCGUCUGACUCAAACCAAGAUUCAACUAACACUAAGUUAGAGCUGCUGAUAGUCAACUCCUGGAAACUUCUAUAAGUGGGCUUAUCUUGUGGUACAGAGUAACCUUCAUUUCCCAGUAACAAAUCACCAACCACCUUUCCCAACAAACUUUGAACCAGCGUUACUAUUGAAGCCUCUCUCCACUCGAUGUAUUAAAACUUGCGAGCACUAAGAAAAAGGUGCUGAAACAAGAGCCAACUCACUGAUUACUCCUGACCAGACAAUAACUUAACAUUACCCAGUGUAGAGAAAAGAAAAUACAACUGGCUAGUGCAAAUAGGAUACAAAUAACCUAAUUUAUCAGAACUUAAAUCACAUGUAGCAAUCACAAACCAUAUGGCCAGGCCUGUCUGUCUGAACAUUGCUGUGUGAGCAGGUAAGAAAAGCUUUCUAAUAGGGGCAAGUGGGCAUGAGAACCAGCAUAGCUCCUGCCAAGUGUUCUCUCUCCCCCACCUAUAGCCACCUUCAGCCAGGCAGUGGGAGUUUUAUGUGGGUCAAUGGGGUGACCAAUCAUGCAGCUCAUAGUAAAACAACUUGUCCUGAUUGGCUGCCCAGGCUGAAGCUAUUGUAGCCCUCACUUGAUGACCCUGGCUAGGGUGGCUAGGGCUGCAUACUGUAUAGGGGGUGAAGAAUGGAACAGUGUAGUGGGAAAUACUUGUCAUGCAAAGGAGCUAAGUAGAAGCCUUCUUUAGUUAGGAUGACAGUUUCACUCUGUCUAAUGCAGCUUUACGUGGCCUCUUAAAAGCUGAGCACCUCUUCGAGAAAAUGAAACCAUUUGUACCCCUGCAGUCCUGCCAUGUCAGCAAGGCGGCAUGGGGGGAACCUGCACUGCCCCUGUUCUGCACUCCCUGCUUGCCUAGUCCUCUCUGAGAUACAUUGGCAUAAUAAUGCCUAAAUGGAAACCCAAGUAGUUGAGGGCCAAGAAUUAGUUUGUUUCUUUUUACAAAAGGUUUUGACAAAAUCUACUGUGAAUAUUUCGUGAAAGUUCUGUGUUGUUGUUGUUAACAACCCCUGGAUACACUGUUGUUGUUGUUGUUAAUGCAAGCCUUCCCUUGCAGCGCUGGCAAACCAUGGUGCUCCUACUGCAUGCCAGCCAGCGAGACUGAAUGGCUUAGUAUGGGCUGAAGAGCACUAAGAAGGGCAACGCCCAGCACCCACCUACUGAUGAUAAAAAGGAGAGCUCCCCAAGCCUCUAAAGUGUAUGUUUGUUGGAAACUACCCUCCCUCUGCAGGACUGCAUAGGCACUACUGCUGGUCUAGGGCUCCAGAAACCCCCACAAUCCCAGAACAGAGGCAAGAAGGGGGCCAGGAUCCAGGGGUUGUUCAUCGGCACUAAAUGUACAAAGUUUUGCGAUGAUAAGCUGCUGAUAGAUCCCAUGGUGCUGAAGAAGAAACUAAAUAGGAUGGCAACAGAACCAGGGGCUUUUGCUGUCCUCAGCAGCCUGCUGCUUUACAUCACAGACCUCGCGGCCUGCGACCCACAGAUACCGAGGAAGAAGGCAAAAUGGGCAGAAGGCAAAGGAAACAAGGUGAUUUAUAAUCCUGAAUGCCAAAGUGCAAACAAAAGCAAGCGCCCCACAAGAUUCCAGCUUUUGCAGUCCAAGUUCAUGAACAACAAUCGUGAACCUUACAUAAAAAAGACAAGAGAAGUUGGCAAGCUAAUCAUUAAAGAAAAGCAGUGGGUAAACAGGGGCUGUCUAAAUGCCACUGUUAACAAAUUAGACAAAAAUAAGGAAAAAAAAGGAAGUGGUCAAGCACUAGAAGAGAACAAAAAGAUAAUGCCCAAUGAGAGGGUCAAGUGGAAUGGCCUGAGUGGGAAAAAUACCGUGAAAAACAUUCUGAAGAAAUUUUUAGCUGCAGAGGAGAAAGAAACUAAGGAGAAAGCUUCUGUCUGGAAAAAGAAAGAGCCAAACAGCAAUUUGCCAAAAAUUAUCAGCAAGAAUUCUGUUUUCUCCAAACUGAAGGAAAAGUUUGAACAGGCUAGUUCUGUUUGUUCAGCCACGGAGGCGAAAACAUUGCUGUUGCGCAAAGGUGAGAAAAAUAAUACAAAGGUCCCAAGUAGAACACCUAUUCACAAACCAGAGGUCACAGUGCUACACACUGUGACAGCCCCAGUUCUAAAUAGUCCUCAGUCCCAGUAUUUAGUGUGUACGACGGCUCCAAUGCCUAGAUUCAGUGUUGUGACUGAAAUUAGCCAUCCUUGGAGCUGGUUGACAAACAACACUGAAAGUAAUCAGCCUUUUGAUCAUGGCACUCAAAUGGUAGAGAUGAGUGACUCUGACAGCAAACAUGAUAUUAAGCCUGGUAAGAAUGAAAUGCCAGAAAAUAGGGCACAAGACAGAGAGUACAAAGGACAGAUGCAAACUGUACAAUGUGUAAUGCCCAAGGUCAUGACUGACAACAAGGACAGUGCAGAGACUAAAAUAGAUUCCACAAACCAAGGACCUGGUUUUCUUCCUAAUCUAGACUGCUCUUCUACUUUCUGUAAAAAUAAAUCCCUUGCAGACUGCAUUCCUACCUUAUCUAAACCCACCCUAUCUCACAAGGGAAAUAGCACAUUAGCUGGAUUUGAUACAUCUUCAUUAGGGGAUAAUAAAACUGCUCAAUAUGUUAGUGAAGACAAUCCGUCUACUAACUUGCCCUAUUCUGGUAUAGCUGAAGGAUCCAGUGCACACAGUCCCCAGGAUAUUAAAGAGGUUGGUAUUCCUAAAAUAACGGUGAAUGCAUGCAGUUCAAAGGAGACAGAAAUAGAGUUCUCACAGUCAGAAAAAGAUCCUCUCUUUGCAAGCCAAAAAUGUUUCCCGGAGGAGAAACUAUCGGAAAAUAUUCCAUCGUUUUGCUCCCCAGUAGCUCAGGCAUCUCAGAAUGUAGUGCCUCCAAAUGAUGAUCUGCAAUUAAUUGUCAAAAUACCAGUUACUGACAAAAUGCCACCGCUGAUGCCAAGGCAAGAAAAUGCAUCAGAUUUUAAAGGCAAACAUUCCAAAGCAGCUGUAAAAAGAGAGAAAUUUCACUAUAAACAGGAAAUAUUUCCUAGUUCUAGAAAAAAUGAUUGCAAAGUCACAGCUAAGCAAGAAGAGGAGCCAGCCAUAAAUCCAAACAAGCUGUCUGAUUGUCAAAUGCAAACUGAACAAAUAACCCAGGAAUCACAACCACAUCAAAUGCCUGGCCAACAAAAUAACAUUGAUAAUUUCAGCAUUAACGUAUCAAAUCCGACUAUGAAUCAGACAAAUGAUUCAAAGAAGGAAAAAAGUGGUAUUGUAGAAGGAAAACAUAUCUGCUCUGAUUUUGAAAAGGACCAAGGUCCAUUGUCAAGUUAUUUAAUGAAGCACAGGUGUUAUAUUCCAGAAGAGAAUUUUGGGAAGGACCAAUUAUCCUCACCAAAUGAAAUGGCAAGUCAGGAAAACAAUACUGCCAGGGAAAGGAGUACCUUGUGUAAUCUGGAGAUUUAUGAAAUGCCAUCAAAGUAUUUCAUGAAGCAUGAAAGUGACAUUGCAGAUGAGAAUCCCUGGCCUAAUUCUGAGACAUGUCAAUCAUUCUCAUCAAAUUAUUUAACAAAGCACGAAAACAAUGCUACAGAACAAAGAAUCUGGCAUGCUAUUGAAAAGCCCCAGAUCCCAUCAUCAAAAGAUUUGGUGAAAAAUGAAACCUAUAGUGUAGAAGAUAAGAAGGCUUGUCAUAAUUCUGAUAAGUACCAAUUACCUUCUUCAAAUGAGUCAGCAAAGCAUAAAGGUGAUAUUAUAGCAAAGAAUGCUAUGUAUAACCGUGAGAAUUACCAGACACCACCAUCAUCAAGUGAUGUCAUAAACCAUGAAAAUAAUACAGCCAAAGAGAAGAAUAUCCAUCAUGUUUUUGAGAAGAAUCAGUUACUCUCACCAAAUGAACUGGGGAAGCAUGAAAAUAAUACUGCAGAAGAGAUAAGUCCCUUGAGUAACGUAGAGAAAUCCCAAUUACCCUCAUCAAAAGCACUGUUGAAGCCUGAAAAUAAUAUCGCAGUAGGGAGAAUCCCCUUGAAUAACUGUGAAAAGUACCGACUACCCUCGCCAAAUGAAUCAGAGAAGCACGAAAAUAAUACUGUGGUAAAAACAAGACCCUGGAGUAAUCUGGAGCAGGACCAACUGCCAACUCCAAAUGAUACUCUGAAUUAUGAAAAUGAGAUGAGAGAUGAGAACUUUGAGAAAAACCAGUUUCCUUCCUCAAAUGAAAUGGUGACUCAUGAAAAUAAUAGUGCAAGUGAGAGAAAUAACUUACAUAAAUAUGAAGAGUACCAAAUGCUGUCUUCAGAUGAUGGUUUGAAACAUGAAAAUGAUACGAUGGUAGAGAAGAAUGCUACUGCAGCAGAGAGAAAUACCUUGUGUAACUCUGAGAUGUGCCAAAUACCAACAUUGGGUGAUUUCAUGAAGCAUAAGGAUAAUAGUGCAAAAGAGAAGAAUUCUUCUAGUUUUGAGACAUGCCAAUUACCCUUAUCAAAGAAUAAAAUUAACACUCCAGGACCAAGAAAUACCUUGUGUAGCAUCAAAUACCAAAUGCCAUCAAGAGAUUUAGUGGAAAAUGAAUAUGAUACAACAGAAGAGGAAAACACCUGUUGUAAUGCUGAGAGAUACCAACUGUUUUCAUCCCAUGAAUCAAUGAAACAUGAAAAUAAUGCUGCAGAGGCAAGAAAUAUCCAGAGUAACUUUAAAAAUUACCAAAAGCCAUCAUCAAGAAGUAUAGGGAAACAUGAAAGCAAAACUGUCCAAGAGAGAAGUACCCAUCAUAAUUUUGAAGAGUACCAGUUACUUUCAAGAAAUGCACCACAGAAGCAUGGAAAGAAAGGUGCAGUAGAGAGAGAUACCUUGUGUAACCCUAAGAAGAAUCAAAAACCAUCAUCAAGUUCAUUGGUGAAGCAAGAAAAUAAUGUUACGGUAGAGAAGCAACAACAAACACCAUUGUCAGAUGAUUUUGUGAAGCAUGAAACUGAAACUGUGGAAGAGAAGAAUAAACAUCAUAGUUCUGAGAAGUACCAAUUAACCUCAUCAAAUAAAUUGGUCAAGCAUGGAAAAAAUACCGCAGUAGAGAAGAAGCAACAAAUACCAAUAUCAAAUGAUUUUAGAAAGCAUGAAACUAACACUGUGAAAGAGAAGAAUAAACAUCAUAGCUCUGAGAAGUGCCAAUUAACCGCAUCAAAUAAAUUGGUGACACAUGGAAAAAAUACUGCAGUAGAGAAAAAGCAACAAAUACCAAUAGCAAAUGAUUUUAGGAAGCAUGAAAUUAGUACUAAAGAAAAGAAAAAUCCACAUCUCAAAGUUGAGAAAUACCUUCCUCAGUUACCUUCCUCAAGUAAACUGGAGAAGCAUGAAACUAAUAGUUCAGGAAAGAAAAACAGUUUGUGUGAUUUUGAGACGUAUCAAGCUUCAUUGCCAAGUGAUCUCAUGAAGCAUCGAAGUGAUUCAACAUUAGAGGAGAAUCCUUGGCAUAACAUUGAUAACUACCAAAAAUUACCCCUAUCAAAUGAUGUAUCCAAACAUGAUAAAAAUCCUGUAGAACAGAGGAAAACCCAGCAUGGCUUUAAGAAGUACUGUAAACUAACAUCAAAUGAUUUAGCAAAGCAUGAAAAUGUUGCUGCUGAAGGAAAGGCCAGGAGGCCAGGGUCUGAUCAAAGAAAUGACAGAAAAACAGAACUCCAGGACUGCACUAGAACAGCAGCACACGCAAAAUACAUAGCAGAAAGUUACAGUGAAGGACCCCUAAAUUCAUCUUUUAAACCAAUGAUAGUUAGAGUAAGUGAUACAUUUAAGCAUCACACCUGAUAGCUCUACAGGUAAACUAAUGACCUCAAUUAUUUGUAUCAUCGGAUCUUUCUUUUUUUCCUUCAGUGUUCAAGACAUUAAAUUAUCACUUCGUAAUUGCAUGGAUAUUGAUGCGUAUUUCUUAGGGUGUGAUUCUUUUCCCUUUCUUAAACACUGGCCAGAAGAUCACUGCAAAUAUAUCAUCAGAUUAAUCAUCAAUUUAUUAUGAGAGGGGCUGAGAGACCAUCAACAAUUUAAUCCUGCUCCAAUCUCUCCUUGAUAAAUGCUCGGUUUUGUUUGUAACUAGGGUAUUUUGAGGAUGAACUUUCCUUUGUAUUUACUCAUUUUAGUAAAACGCUGUUACUACUCCUUCUAGGAAUGACUUUAGACAAUGUCAGGCUUCGUUAGGUCAAAAAUGGCCACUUAAGUUCUAGCUUUAAAGCUGUAAAUGCAAAGGCUGAUCCUUGCUAACAUGCAUAAUGUUUCACGGGUAAUGUGCGGAAAGAUAGAUGCUUCCUUUAUCUGCAGGAAAGUCCUGAAAGGACAAUAUGUUAAAUAAUUUACUAUCGGGCGCUUAUGUUCUAUGGUAUAAAUAUUGGGAAAAUAUUGAUUGAACCUUCUGUCAAGAUAUUUACACUUUCGGUUGUGUACAGUAUUGAGAUGUGUUUGUAGAGAUAGGUUAUUCCCUCAUGCAUGUCACGCUAUAGCUACUCCUGUGUUCACAAAGGGCCAUAAUGCAGCAACUACAAGUAUUCACAAAAGGCCCAGUCCUGUAAGGUGCUGAGCAGGUCAAUGAAAACAGGCUGCUGAGAAUGGUGCAGGAGGGAUUCAGCACUUUGCAGGAUUGGGGUUAAAUUGCCUUUGUGGCAUAUCAGGGGCACACAGGCCCAAGGCAGGCAUUGCCAUGGAUAUUAAAGUUACUCAUUGGAAAGUCUUAUCGUGCUCGUGCUUUCCUGUCAAGUGUAGCAAAUGUUUACCGUAGUACGAUAUGAAACUUGAUAAUAAUGAGCAGCCAAUGUCAUUGAAAUGUGCCAGUGGAAUGUGAUGUUCAGAAUGGACAAUAAUAGCAACUUCUGCGUAAAGUUUGCGUGUCCCUGGCUUUGCUUUGGUAGACAGGAUCAGUUUGUUAUGUUUGCUUCUUUCUGCCCAGCUGAUGAACAGAAUGUAGCUGCAAAAUGGAAUCUUGCCGUUAAUGCCACAUAACACCCUGUGGUAGGUAGGUAGAUAUUAAUAUAAUAAAGUCAACUCUCACA